CUGCCACUCCAGACUGAAUGCAGACGGAGGGGGGAGUAGAGAGAGGAGAGAGAAAGAGAGAGGGAAGGAGAGAGCGUCCAGGCCUUGCCAAAUAAAGCCAUGGGGGCCUGGGCAGUGACGGCCCUUUCUACACUAUAAAUACGCUGCUCUUCUGCCGGUUCGGGUUUGGUGCCUGGAGCUCUGGACCAGCCCAGCUCAGGAGAUUCUCAUCCGCUCUCAGGCCCGUCACUAUGCCCCGGGUAGAUGCUGACCUCAAACUGGACUUCAAAGAUGUCCUUUUCAGACCAAAGAGGAGCAGUCUGAAGAGCAGGUCUGAGGUUGACCUGCAGAGGACCUUCACAUUCCGGAACUCAAAGCAGACGUACAAUGGCAUCCCGAUCAUCGCUGCUAACAUGGACACCACCGGCACUUUUGAGAUGGCACAGGUGCUCAGCAAGCACACUCUCUUCACAGCCAUCCAGAAGCACUACUCCCUGGAGGAGUGGAAGAGUUUUGCAGCCAGUCAUCCAGAGUGCCUUGAGCAUGUGGCGGCCAGCUCGGGCAGUGGAGCGGCGGAUCUGGAGAAACUGUGCAGCAUUCUGGAGGCCAUUCCUCUCAUCCAGUACAUCUGCCUGGACGUGGCCAAUGGCUACUCUGAACACUUUGUGGAGUUUGUAAAAAUAGUUCGGGAAAGGUUUCCAAAGCACACCAUCAUGGCGGGAAAUGUGGUGACAGGGGAGAUGGUGGAGGAACUCAUUCUGUCUGGAGCUGAUAUUAUUAAAGUGGGCAUUGGGCCAGGUUCUGUGUGCACCACACGCAUUAAGACUGGUGUGGGUUAUCCUCAGCUGAGCGCUGUUAUCGAGUGUGCCGACUCGGCCCAUGGACUGAAAGGACACAUCAUCUCUGACGGAGGCUGCAGUUGUCCUGGGGAUGUUGCUAAAGCUUUUGGCGCUGGGGCAGACUUUGUCAUGCUGGGAGGAAUGUUAGCGGGGCAUGAUCAGUGUGCUGGUGAAAUCAUUGAAAAAGACGGCAAGAAAUUCAAGCUGUUUUACGGGAUGAGUUCAGACAUCGCCAUGAAGAAGUAUGUUGGAGGGGUAGCAGAGUACAGGGCAUCAGAGGGCAGGACGGUCCAGGUGCCCUACAAAGGUGAUGUGGAAAACACCAUCAGGGACAUCUUGGGUGGCCUGCGGUCCACCUGCACAUAUGUAGGAGCUGCCAAACUCAAAGAACUGAGCCGCAGGACGACCUUCAUCAGAGUCACACAGCAGUCUAGCCAAAUGUUCACCUAGUCAUGCACGCUAAAAACAUGUACGCUCACAAUUACAGAUUCACAAGUUAAGUAAGAGUUGAACUGAAAAUAAUUCUGUGAAUUUGGACGCACUGUCCCUUUAAAUGGCAGUCCAGAGAUAUAAACGAAAAAUUAAAGAUGUUCAUAAACAUA